AUGGCCGACUGUUGGGACAAAGGCGAUAAGCUUUUCGCGGACAGCCUCCGGUUGGACAUCGAGGAUGUCACUGACAGUGUCAUGAAGGUGAUGCGGAUCUGCGGAUUGCGUCCCUGGGAGGUGAAGCGGAGUGCGGAGGUAAUCCGCAACUCCUUAACGCAUUACGAGGAGGUACGGGAGCGGAUCGAUCUAGUGCCGAGGAAGCGCUUCGCCAAGGAGACCUUCCUGAACGGGCUGGCCAAGGAGGGCCAGAUGAACAGGAUGGACGCUCAAAUGGCCUACGCCAUUGUCAAGCGGGCCUUUAGGGCUCUCUACUAUGGAACGGGUCAGGGGGGAAAGCAGUACAUCUGCCUCCAGGUCGUCUUGGAUCACAGCCAGGAGUGUCUCUGGUUGCAUGCCGCACGCCGCACGGCAGCGAUAUACGCCGCCCUCACCGGACUCAUGCACUCCGAGGAGCAGCAGGUCGAGGAGCGCAUUGAGUGCGUCUAUAAGAACCUGUUCGAUGUCCUGCAGACUAGAGUUGUAUUUGCCGAUGACUGGGUCUGCAGCUGCGAUAUAGAGCCGGAGAGCAAAUCAGUCACUAAUGCAGUCUCUACGAUGACCACGCAGGUGGAGGUCCUCUAUCAGAAGCAGAACUUGGAGCUCAGCACCGGUCCCUCCGCAUUGACGUACCAGCGCCUGGAGAUAAACCGGUCGGUGGAUUCGGACGAGCAUAGUUCACACUCUCGGUAUAACUACAGCCUAAGAAAGAACCCUAACAAAACAGAAUCACGAAAGCUUUCAGAAGGCCCUAGUAGUAGCACCGUUGUCAGCCAGGCGAAGUGCAACUGCCCCCCUUUGCGCUGUUUCCGCGAGGCGGGAGAGGCUCGUGAGGCCCCGGAGAUCACGGCGGAGUGCAGCCAGGGACCCUUCAUUUGCCGCUGGCUACCGUUUACCGAAGAGGACGAUAAGUUUGAGGAGCACUGUGCUCCCUACCCGCCCAUUGAAGAAGUGUGUCCACCCUGUGUGAAGGAAGACAUCUCCUGCGACUCGGAGUGCACCUGUACCUGCCACGACGGCGACGAUAUUGGCGAGGAGGAAAGCAUUGGAGAGAAGGCCUCCAAGAGCGGAGUGGAAGACUACGACACCGACUACUGCUGGCUGGCUCCGUUCCGGGGCAGCAGCAAGGAGAGAUUAGACAGAAAGAAGCAGAAGGCUCAGCCAGAGGUGGCGCUGGUGAAGGUUACUAAAGAGAAGGAAAUAUUGUCCAAGUGCUGCUGCAUGUGCAAAUACAAGCGUGAUUUUCCUCACCUCUUCACUUACCUGGCACCCUUCAAGGAGGAACCAGAGAAACAGCCAGAGCCUGAGGCAUCCAAGCCAGAGCCACUGCAAAAACCUUUACCACAUUAUAGUGAAAGCGAGGAUCUGCUUUCCAAAGCUCCACCACUUGGUGUCUCUCUGGCGGGCUAUCGCUGCUGGGUCAAGUCCAGGCCCUCGACAUCCUCUGAAUCGCAGGCAGAGGAAAGAGGUCCACUUAUAAUGGUUUGUAGCCAAGAACAAAGGGUAGGCAAGGCAGGAACAAAGGGUCCGGAUAUUAUCCUGACCACCAAGACGCAGCACCAUCCGAACUCCGGAAAAGCUAAAAACGCUGCUCCAGCCGAGCCUCCAGCCAAUCCACCAGCCAAGGUGCCGCCUAAUCCAACACCUUCUAAGACCAACAAGCCGGUGUCGAAGCCUCCUGUGGCUCCCAAGAAACCUGAACAGCCGGGAGAGGAAGAAAAGCUUACCAAGGAAGACAUUUUAGACAUUAUUGGCCUCAGGAUGAAAUAG